ACACUACAGUACCGAAUUCAACCACAUCAAAACAACAAACAAGAAAGAGAGAGAAAAAAAAAAAAAGAAAGAAAGAAAGAAAGAAAGCGAAUCAGCAAACUAAAGAAACUGAAAAAAGAACAUUAACAAAAACAAGCAAAACAAACGAACAGAAGCCUUGAAGCCACCACUGUAACACAACACCACAAAUCUACAUCAACUGCAAUAAGCAAACUAUUUCCCUGUAUCUCCGCCCCGCCAUGGCAGCCCAAGCGAUGACCGGCGCUCAGAAUUUUAGUCGCUUCGUGCACUGGGGAAGGAACAUUGUGGCUGUGGGCAGGAAUUACAGAGACCACUGUAAGGAGCUGGGCAAUGCUGUUCCUACCAAACCAAUGCUGUUUAUGAAGCCCCCGUCAAGUUACCUGGAGGAGGGAACUGGGCCCAUCCUGAUUCCAAGAGGCUGUCAGGACUUCCACCACGAGAUAGAACUAGGUGUGGUGAUUGGAGAAACCUGCCGGGACGUGCCAGAGAGUGAGGUGCUGGGAAGGGUUGCUGGUUAUGCCCUGACGCUCGACAUGACAGCCAGGGACUUCCAGGAGGAGGCCAAGAAGAAGGGCACUCCAUGGACCCUGGCUAAGUGCUUCGACACAGCCCUUCCAGUCUCCAGGUUCAUCACCAAAGAGGAGCUGAAGGACCCGAGCAAUGUCCGGAUUUGGUGCAAAGUGAAUGGAGAGUCUCGGCAGGAUGGGACCACUUCUGACAUGGUGUUCCCUAUCGCCACCCUGGUCUCCUACAUCUCCAAGUACUUCACCCUGCACCCUGGCGACCUGGUGCUGACAGGGACGCCGGCAGGAGUGGGCCCUGUGACACCUGGGGACACAUUGACUGCAGGGCUGGGUGACAUCCUUACCAUGGAGUUCUCAAUUUCCCAAAGAGAGUAGGAGAUAGAUAGCAUUGUAAAAGGAGUAGGUAAAGUGAAGGAUUGGAGAAGGAUUGUGAUAUUUGGAGUAGAAAGUGAAGGAAAUGGAUAGGAUAAAAUUGUAAAAGCAGGGACUAGAAUAAUGAAGGAAAAGGAUAGUAGAAAUUAAAAGAUAAAGAAAUUAAUGGGAUUGAAAUGCAAAUGAUAAACAAAACAGAAGGACAAGAAGUAAAUAGAAGAGUAAAGGUAGGAUUAGUAAAAAAGCAAAGGAGGUAAACAAAUAAUAGAGUAAAAGUAGGAAAAAUAAGAAAAAGUGAAAGAAAAUUGAAUAGCAGUAUUUUGACUAAGAAGAAAGUGAAGGAUUUGAUAAGUAUUGUGAUAUUUGGAAUAGGAAAGUUAGGAAAUGGAUAAGAUAGAAUUGCAAAAGUGGGAGUAGAAAUAAUGAAGGAAAAUGAAUAGUAGAAGAAAAGUCAAGAAUUAAAUAAGCUAGUAGAAAAAAAAUGUGAUAGAAAAGGAGAAGGAAAGGAAAUAAAUAGAAUGAUAAAAGUAGAAUAACUGGAAAAGUGAAGAUCAACAAAUAAGAUAAAAAUAGAAAAAGAAGAAAAAGCAAAAAGAAAAAUAAACAGGAAUAUAUAGACGACAUUAUUUCAUUUUAGGGCACUUGUAACAGAUCCUACACUAGUGAAAAGGACUGUCUUGGUUGAUAUCCUUAGAGUUAGAAGGAAGGAAGGAAGGAAGGAUAAAAUGUUAGUCAAUUAUAUAGUUCUUUGUGAUAUGGUGUUUGUGUUUUAUUGAAGAGAAAGUUGGUAGGA